CGGACAGCUGAAAUUUGAGGAGAGUCAGAAGUAACACAUUUUCAGCAGCCGUUGUGACUUCAAAAGCAACCAGUGAUAGCAACAGGGGAUGUGCCUCCUCCUCUCUGACAUUCAGCACAUCUGGAAUCACUUCUCGACUGAUACAUCAACUGACAAUGAAUGCAGCUGGGGACUUAAAGGUCAGUUGAAGUCUGCAGACCUGGAAGGAAGCCAAACACUGAAGCUUAUGAAAAGAAGAAUUAUUGGAACAGGAACAUUGGAGGGCCCAUUGAACCAGAAUAUGGAGCUACCGUCUAGCCUUGAUGAUUUGGACCCCAAAUUUGUCACGCGUUGCUCACUGAUAGAGAUUGAAGGAGUUUCUUUGCCCACCACAACUGCAAAAUACUGGGAUCAGAUAAAAAGCUUCCAGGCACGGCCAGAUGAUCUUCUCAUCUGCUCUUAUCCGAAAGCAGGGAGCACCUGGUUGCAGGAGACUGUGGAUAUGAUCCAAAAUGCAGACAAUCUGCAGAAAUGUGCUCAAGCCCCCAUCUACAAGCGGAUGCCCUUUCUGGAUAUGUUUCCUCCAAUCACCUUUCCUUCAGAUUUGGACACUGCAGAAGCAAGGCCUUCUCCACGCUCACUUAAAAGUCACCUCCCUGUUCAUCUCCUGCCUCCAUCCUUUUGGAAACAAAAGUGCAAGGUGAUCUAUAUUGCCAGGAAUGUCAAGGACACCGUGGUUUCAUAUUUCUACUUUCAUCACAUGAACAAAACCUUGCCAUACCCAGGAAACUGGGAAGAGUUUCUGGAUACGUUCCUAGCUGGCAAAGUUAUCUGCGGCUCAUGGUUUGACCACGUCUGUGGCUGGUGGGAGGCCAAGAAACAUCACCCGAUUCUUUAUCUCUUUUACGAAGACAUGAAAGAGGAUCCAAUUCGGGAAAUGAGGAAAAUAGCCCAGUUCCUGGGAUUAGAGGUUCAAGAACCAGUUCUGAAUCAGAUUUUGGAGCACACCCAGUUUGAGAGCAUGAAAAGAAACACAAUGGCUAAUUAUCGUAGCGUGUCUCCCUGUCUCAUGGACCACAACGUGUCACCCUUCCUCAGAAAAGGUAUUGUUGGUGACUGGAAGGAACAUUUCACAGUGUCUCAAAGUGAGCAGCUGGAUGGCAUUUGUAGUCAGUUGCUGGAAGGCAGUGGCCUGACCUUCAACACAGAGCUGUAAAAGCAGAUCUUCUCCUCCAUACAGCCUUCUCAAUCAAGCCUGCUUAAAUUAUUAAUCUUCCUUGCUUUUACUAAAAUGAGCCAUGGAUCCAUAACCGAAUGAGAAUCCAAGCUUUACUGUGCAUCUCUUUAAAUAGCUAAUUCUUGUUCUAAAGCAUUUCUCAUUGCCAAUUAAAUUUCCUUUUGCUGAAAUUCUCUUAUUGAGAUGCUUGGUCUCUCAUUUCCUAUCCUGUAUGUUGGAAAAAGGAAGGUUUCCCGGUUUUUUAUUUAAAGAGUUCUCUCUAAUUUUUA